UCCUCCCAGGCAGCAAUGGCUGAAGAGGUGGAGAGGAAGCCGGUGCUUGAGAUGGUCCAGGCAGAUGGGACGGAUGGAAACUGCGUCACAUUUGUGUUACAUGAUGAGGACCACACAUUUGGCAACUCUCUCCGUUACAUGAUCAUGAAAAACUCUGAAGUGGAGUUUUGUGGUUACAGCAUCACCCACCCAUCUGAAAGCAAAAUCAACUUCCGGAUCCAGACCAGAGGGGGGAUCCUGGCCAUUGAGCCAUUCCGGAAAGGACUGACAGAACUGGUGGACGUCUGCCAGCACGUGCUUAGCAAGUUUGAGGCGAGCGUAAAGGAAUACAAGGCCCAAAGAGAGGCGGAAAUGGACUAGCCCCUGGAGCUGCUGGAGUACGGAAUGGACAUGUAUAUAUUGUUCAUUUAUGUUUAAUGCCCCUGUUGAAAGAGGUUUUAUUUUUUUAUGACAAACUUGAAGCAAACUGUGUAAUUUCUCUAAUAAAUGCUGUAAGGUUCA